AUGCUGCAGCAAAUUUUGCGUGAUAUGUAUAUUGACCCUGAGCUCCUGGCAGAGCUGAAUGAAGAGCAGAAGCAGAUCUUGUUCUACAAAAUGAGAGAAGAGCAGCUGAGGCGCUGGAAGGAGAGGGAAGAAGCAGCACGAAUGGAGGAGGCUGUGUUGAGAAAGACAGCAAGGCGCAACCAGAGUAAUGGCAAACGUGUGCAGUGGCUGCGUGGGAAGGAUGGUGAGGUCUGGGUCUGGGUGAUGGGAGAAGCCCCAGGGGACAAGCCAUAUGAACAGAUCUCAGAGGAGCUCAUAGCAGAGCGAGCCAGGCAGCAAGCACAAAAGGAGGCAGAAGAACUAUGGAGACAAAAGGAAGCUGAAAUUACAAAGAAAUUCCGGGAUGCUAUGGCUCAAGAAAAAGCCAGGAUAGUGGCAGAAAAAUGGAAAAUAGAAAUGGAGGACCGGAAAGCAGCCAAAUUGGAGGAGGAAAAAAUUCAGGAGGAACUGAAGAAAAGAGAAGAAGAGGAAAGACAAAAGGGUGAAGAACAAAUCAGGCAACAGGAAGAAAUCCGAGCGAAGGAGUUGUACCUGAGCCUCAAGCAAGCUCAGCAGCAUAGUCAGCACAGCGACGAUGACCAGGAGUGGGAAGAACAGUUGCGCCGGUCCAAAGCUGCCGAUGAGGAAAGAAGCCACAAAGCACGCCGGGCCCGGGAUGAAUACCGACGCCAGUCCUUGCGUGCCAUCCAGAAGGGAAGAGUGGCUGGCCUGAGUAAUUUGUUCCAGGGGACAAACCUGAACAAUGAUCAGGAGACAAAACUGAACAACAAUAGUGCAAGUCCUUUGCUUAUUUGUCCCUUGUUUUUAUGCACCUGAUUCUCUGUCUUUGAAUGCAGUAACAUGUGGGAGCGUCCGUCGCGUCCCUUCUCCCGAGAUGUCAUCAUUCGCUGGUUCAAGGAAGAGCAGAUCCCUCGGCGUGCUGGGUUUGAGAAGAACACCAACAGGAUUGCUCAAUGGUUUCAUGGUAUUAUCAGCCGCCAGGAGGCAGAAGAGUUGUUGAUGAAUAAAUCUGAAGGUGCAUUCCUGGUGCGAGUGAGUGAGAAAAUCUGGGGCUACGCAUUGUCUUACCGUCAGCAAAGCGGCUUCAAGCACUUCCUAGUUGAUGCUUCAGGGGAUUUCUACAGCUUCUUGGGGGUAGAUCCAAGCCGACAUGCAACACUGACAGAUCUUAUUGAUUUUCACAAGGAAGAAAUCAUCACAUCCUCAGGUGGGGAGCUACUACUGGAGCCAUGUGGACAGCAGAAGAAUCCACCAGACUACAGCCCUUUAUUUGAAUAA